AUGUGGCUCAACGAUGCGGCUAUUGAGAUUGCAGCGACCAAGUUUCCCGCCUACUUUGUUCGCCCUGAUUCCGGAGUCCCAACGGCGGAUACUGAUCGCUUUUUCGUUCUUGUCGCCUUGCGAGAUGGGUGUAGACAGAAGCAUGAGAAUGCAUGGCGCCGCUUAACCAAGUCGGACUCCUUCCUCCUUCACCUCUAUGACAAUCUCAAGAACACUGAGCCCGAUGCUAAAUGCGACGGACCUAGGGAAUGCAAGAUAGUCGACCACCCAGAAACACAUUCCGCACGGCAAGCUCAUAAACCCGAAGAGCACGAGAUGGUCCUCCAAAGUCCAGGAAGUUGA